AUGAGUUUCCCUAAAAGAUUCCCUAAUGCUACUGUUGUCUCCUCCGAAAUUCUCGGAGAAAAACUGAAAUUUCCGAAUGGAAGAACUGCUCCGAAUCGAUUUCUGAAAGCUGCAAUGACUGAGAGAUUCUCUACUUAUUCACCUGAAAAUCCAAAGAAACAUGGACUUCCGACGGAGCAAAUUCUGAAUAUUUAUGACAAAUGGGGUCAUGGACAGUUCGGAAUGAUUCUCACGGGUAAUGUGGCUGUUGAUCCGACAAAUCUCGAAGCAAUCGGAAAUGCGAUCAUCUUCAAAGAAGGCGACAGUUCUGAAAGAAGAGCUCUCUUCACUCAAUGGGCUCAAAAAAUGAAACAAGAUGGAGGACUCGCUGUGAUUCAACUGUCUCACGGAGGAAGACAAUCAUCCAUUUGGGCGAACCGUACUCCUUUCGGAGCUUCCGAUGUUGAAUUGAAAACUGAUCCACCUGGAACAAUGUACGGAAAACCAAUUGCAUUGACCACUGAACAAAUAAGAACCGAAGUGAUUGAUAGAUUCGUGUAUGCUGCCAAGUUCGCGUAUGAAUGUGGAUUUGAUGGAGUUCAACUUCAUGCUGCUCACGGAUAUCUUCUCACUCAAUUCACCUCCCCAACUACAAAUACGAGAACUGACAGAUAUGGAGGAUCAUUGCUGAACCGCAAUCGCGUUAUCAUUGAGAUCUAUGACAAAAUCAAAAAUGAGAUCCCAAGUUCUACUGGUUUCUUGAUUGGUAUUAAGUCAAACUCAAAGGAAUUCCAAGAGAAGGGAACUACUGUAGAAGAUGCCAAGUUUUUGUGUGAAGCUUAUGAGAAGAGAAAAUUCGAUUUUGUUGAGUUGACUGGAGGAACUGCCGAGAAGUUUGUGUUUGCUCAUGAGAGAGAAUCAACGAAGAUUCGAGAAGCGUUCUUUGUGGAGUUUGCUGAGGCGAUCCGUCCAGUAUUCAAGAACACAGUUGUCUAUCUGACCGGCGGAUUCCGUACAGUUGGAGCAAUGGUUGACGCAGUUCAACGGAAUACAACACAAGGAAUCGGACUGGGACGCCCGGUUACUGCUGAACCAGAUCUCCCGAAGAAGAUUCUCAAUGGAAGUGUACAUUCUGCAAUUCAAGAUGCUUUCAAUCCGAAUGACAUGAUCAAACAAAUCCUGGCGAGUGGGUCCCAACUGGAGCAGAUGGGAAGGAAUAGUGUGAGGAAGGCAGGCGGAGAUGUAAUGGACCAAAUUAGUGACUACAGUGAUGAGAGGACAGUUGAAGUUUUCAAUGGAAAAGCGAUGGAAAUGUUCGGAAACAUUCAGAAAGAUGCGAUGGCCGGGAAGGCACCGAAGAUGCUUGUGGUGAUGGGUUAA